CACAAAUAGGUUGGAUGAAAACAGACAAGGGGAACGAGGGGCGAGGAGGGGAAAAAGGGAAUAAAAAAGAGCCAACGCUGAGAAAUCCAGCCUGUCUUUGUCUGUGACCAUUUUCUUCAAUCAUGAUUUGAUUUGUGGACUCUGAAGCCUGAGAGAGAAAACGAGGGGGGGGGAGCAGCACCGUCCCUUCCACCCCCACCUCCUGUUUGCCUGAACCAUAGGAAAAGGCUUUGGACAACCACACACACACGGACGAAAGGCAACACACGGGGCUAGGCCACAAGUCAUUAGUUCUUGGUGGGCAAGCACUGACAAAAGGCCGGAGGAGAGAAGACCGCAUGAGUGCCUGGAGAGCGACCACAGGAACUAUGGAGGGCUGAGCACACGGACGCUCUCCUGCUUUCUUGAUUUUUUUUUUGUUUGUUGUUGUUUUGUUUUGGGAAGGAAGCGGAACGCAGGAUACCUUCACAACCGACCUCUCGUGCUCCAACAAACAGGGAAGAGAGAGAGAUCACUUCCUUGUGUUGAGGCACUACUCGUGUUUGUGCAUUUUGGAGGUGAGUGCAGGCGGCCCGCGUCGCCUCGUCUGCUGCCUCUGCAGCCCGGCGGUGCCUCGAAGAAAGAAGCCCCCGCCACGGCCACAUAAAAGUGAUGCUGUUGUUGCGUGGACGUCAACUUGUUUUGGCAUGAUGCGGGGUGUCUUCGUUGUGGGUCACAAUGCUGCAGCCGCUGAGAGGAUUACAGCAGAAUAGGAGAGCUGUGUCUGCACUCUCAGUCUCGCUGGAUGGAAGGAAGGUCUAGAGCUAGAAAAGGAUUCAUUUUCCAGUGAGAUACAGCACAUUAACACCGAGGUAAGCUUGACAUCAUUUCUAGAAGCAUUUAGAGGUAUAUCUUUCGGUAGACAGCUGCCUUAUGAGGGAUAACUAGUAUCGAGCAAAGACCAAGUUAAGCGUAAGGGGUGCUUUAAGAGGGGUGGUCAUAGCCUCUCCAGGCAUGUGCUAAGGCGAGCUACACCGAGGUCCUUUUUCAGCCAUUACUGUUGCUACAGAGACAGAGCUGGGAGAGUGGAGCUGUGUGUUAGCUAGCGGUUGUUGUUCACCUCAUGUCAUUUGCCUGCUAAUCAUUUCUGCCAUUGCUCUCUUUUAGAAGUGCUAAUGUGCACUGUAUGUUUGACUCACUGGCUCCCUUUUAACAUUCUCAGGAUUUGGUCCAAACAAAAAACAACAAAAACACACUGAGACUACAAGUUGGAGGAGAAGAGAAGAAAAGGGGUGGGAUGGGGUGGAAUUGAAAUCCACAGGCAUGCAAAACUAAAAGUUGCCACUGAGACUGUUUCCAGGUCAUAGUGGAGUGGGAGGAGAGUGAACUGCUCUUGUAUUUCCUGCCAAACACCCUCCUCCUCGACGCUGUAGCCCAUUUUCUUUCUCACUGACAUCUGCUUGUUUAGCUUGAGGACUUUUUAUUUGCUCAGUUUUGUUAUUAUAUGCUCUAAAAUAAUCUAUGGGUCCUAUUUGACACACGAGAGCACAGGCAAGCAGAAACUAAUAAUUCUCUCCAGGCGAGGGAGAAACACUCUGUGGGCUUUUAUUUUCUAUUUACGUUACCUUGACAGCAGCCAGACAUCUCGGCUGCCUGUCCCGUUUUCUUCUGCCGUGGUUUGGUAACCAAGCGAUGGCCAUGGUGAGUGGGGGCUGGGGAGAUCCCAAUGGGGGCACCAACGGCCUGGGGGACAAGAGCUACCUGAGGGGGGAGGAGGAAGACGGCUCUCCCCAGGGGGGAGGCAGCGACAUGGAGGCCGGAGACGAUGACAAGUCGUGCGUUGUGGACUGCGUGGUGUGCGGGGACAAGUCCAGCGGGAAGCAUUACGGCGUGUUCACGUGCGAGGGCUGCAAGAGCUUCUUCAAGAGGAGCGUCAGACGCAACCUCAGCUACACUUGCAGGUCAAACAGAGAGUGCCAGAUUGACCAGCACCACAGGAACCAGUGCCAGUACUGUCGACUGAAGAAGUGUUUCCGUGUUGGCAUGCGCAAAGAAGUUCAACGCGGUCGUAUCCCCCCUCAGCCGAGCCUCAGCCCCUCUAUAACGCCCAUUGGUGGCGCGAGCGGCCUCGGAGGCGGCGACUUCUAUAACAACAACAACAACAACGGGGGAAGUGGCGGAGGUCAGCCGGUGUCCGAGCUGAUUUCCCAGCUGCUGCGAGCCGAACCGUACCCCAGCAGUCGGUUUGGACACCAGUACAACCAACAGGCGGGUCCCGAUAAUGCCAUGGGGAUUGAUAACAUCUGUGAACUGGCUGCCAGGCUACUCUUCAGCACCGUGGAGUGGGCCAGAAGCAUCCCCUAUUUCCCUGAACUGCCUGUGUCAGACCAGGUGGCCCUGCUGAGGCUGAGCUGGAGCGAGUUGUUUAUCCUCAAUGCGGCGCAGUCGGCCCUGCCGCUCCACAUGGCUCCACUGUUGGCUGCGGCCGGCUUCCACUCCUCGCCCAUGUCUGCGGAGCGCGUGGUGUCCUUCAUGGACCAGGUGAGGGUGUUUCAGGACCAGGUGGACAAGCUGACCCGGCUGCAGGUGGACUCGGCUGAGUACAGCUGUCUCAAGGCCAUUGCAUUGUUCUCACCAGACGCCUGUGGUCUAACAGACCCAGUCCACGUGGAGUCUCUGCAGGAGAAGGCUCAGGUGGCUCUGACAGAGUACGAGAGGAUGCAGUACCCAAGUCAGCCUCAACGCUUCGGGCGCCUGCUCCUGCGUCUCCCCGCCCUGCGCGCCGUUCCCGCCAGCCUUAUCUCGCAGCUCUUUUUCAUGCGCCUGGUAGGAAAGACACCCAUCGAGACGCUGAUCCGUGACAUGCAGCUCUCCGGAAGCUCCAUCAGCUGGCCGUAUGUCCCGGGACAGUAGCCCCUUUAGGGACAAGGUCUCCGUCUGGGAUUUGUGACGACAAGGACCCACAGGAAACCUCCUGACUCAUCACUAUCCAUCUGUGUGGUUGUCAAACUGCAGUGCCAGCUGGCCGUCAUAUGUACUGUACUGUAAGCGCUCUAUUUCCCCUCAUGAAACGAGCUCUCUGUCCUCACACGGUCCUCCAGUGGAGAGACGAGCCAGCUCCAGGCUGGAUCUGUCUUGUUGCCAACCCAGUCGUUCUGGUGCCAGGUCUCCGGCCAGAGACCAGCUUUUCAUGCUGGGCUCCGAUAUGGCCACCACAGCCAGUCAUGUCACCACCCACAUGUCAUAGUGACUAAAGACGCUGCAGUGUCAUGUAGAGGGCAGCAGCACCCUGCUACAAGUACAUCCUGAGGACAAAACUGUCCCACGGCUGAAAUUCGGCAGAACACUUUUCCCCCACACGGGGCUCAUUUUCCCAGUGGGCUCACCAUUUGUGAUACAGUGACCUUUUUAUCCACACCAAUGAACUGAUAACAUUACAAUACGGUAUCAUGAUGUGAAAGGACCGAAUGGAACAGCGGGAACUCAAUAUAAGAGAAAGUAAAGGCUUUGUUGUGAGAAACAUUUAAUUCCACCGCUCUCUCAGCUCGACGCUGAGGAGGAAGCCAAUGAGCUGAUCAAAUGGAACAGAGAGAAAACAAAACCAAUGGAAAAAUCACCAAAGGCUAACACAUCAUCCUCAGAGAUGGUUUCUAGGUACAAUAAUUAGUACCCAAAGCAGAGACAAAGAGAUGAACGGACUCUUGUUACUGCCCGACUAUCAUGUGAACAAUGCAUUUACAUUUAUUCACUACACUAUUGCUGUAGUUGAAGAUUUUUCACAAAAAAAAAAAAGUUACAUGAGAGUGGACUAAUACCUCGCGAGACAUCAGAAUGCUGCAGUCUGAUAUUUCCAAAAC